CGGGAGGGCAGUACCAUGUUCCUCUCCAUCCUGACCGCCCUGUGCCUGUGGCUGCGCCUGGCGCUGGGCGUGCGCGGCGCGCCCUGCGAGGCGGUGCGCAUCCCCAUGUGCCGGCACAUGCCCUGGAACAUCACGCGGAUGCCCAAUCACCUGCACCACAGCACGCAGGAGAACGCCAUCCUGGCCAUCGAGCAGUACGAGGAGCUGGUGGACGUGAACUGCAGCGCGGUGCUGCGCUUCUUCCUCUGUGCCAUGUACGCGCCCAUCUGCACCCUGGAGUUCCUGCACGACCCCAUUAAGCCAUGCAAGUCGGUGUGCCAGCGCGCGCGUGACGACUGCGAGCCCCUCAUGAAGAUGUACAACCACAGCUGGCCCGAGAGCCUGGCCUGCGAUGAGCUGCCUGUCUACGACCGGGGCGUGUGCAUCUCGCCGGAGGCCAUCGUCACUGACCUCCCUGACGACGUUAAGUGGAUAGACAUCACUCCAGACAUGAUGGUACAGGAAAGGCCUCUUGACAUUGACUGUAAACGCCUAAGCCCGGACCGGUGCAAGUGCAAAAAGGUGAAGCCAACCCUGGCGACGUAUCUGAGCAAAAACUACAGUUACGUCAUUCAUGCGAAAAUAAAAGCCGUGCAGAGGAGUGGCUGUAAUGAAGUAACGACAGUGGUGGACGUGAAAGAGAUCUUCAAGUCCUCAUCACCCAUCCCUCGGACUCAAGUCCCUCUUAUUACGAAUUCUUCCUGCCAGUGUCCACACAUCCUGCCUCAUCAAGACGUUCUCAUCAUGUGUUACGAGUGGCGCUCACGGAUGAUGCUUCUUGAAAAUUGUUUAGUUGAAAAAUGGAGAGACCAACUCAGUAAAAGAUCCAUACAGUGGGAAGAGAGGCUGCAGGAACAGCAGAGGACAGCCCAGGACAAGAAGCGAACAGCAGGGCGCACCAGUCGCAGUAACGCCCCGAAGCCCAAGGGGAAGCCACCUGCUCCCAAACCAGCCAGCCCCAAGAAGAACAUCAAAGCUAGGAGUGCUCCGAAGAGCACAAACCCAAAACGAGCGUGAGCUAACUGCUUUCCGAAAUGGGGACUUCCUCUCAGAGUGAGGCCGGGCAUCACCCAGCCAGCCUGUAGAAGGCCACACACCCCUCGCCUUACCAACCACAGUCCUCUUCAUAGACACAUCUUGCAGCAUUUUUCUUAAUGAUAUGCUUCAAUUUUUCUUUUUAAGUCACUACAAACCAUAGUGGUAGUAUGUCCUUUGGUAUGGAAGGUAUAAGAAAGCUGGUCAAAUAAGCUUAUCGUAUUGAGAGUAAACUGUAUGCAGACUCUGUGAGAGCUCCACUAGGGCAAAGAUGCUUUUGUUCUUACAAUUUGACCUAAUAUGUGCAUUGAAAAAUAAAUGCCAUAUUACAAACAAAA